AUGCAAAUACCCCACAUUCUCUGGCUCGUUUCAUUCGCUAUCCUCUUUCCUGUAACCAUCAUCAAGACAUACUUCGCUCGCUCACGAUGCGCCCUCUACGACCACACCCUCAUGUGGGUCUAUCUUUCCGUCGGAGAGCUGGGAGCCCUCGUCGCCUCCUGCUUGUCGUUUGUAAACGACCAUCCCUAUUAUAUAAUGCUAGAGGCGCUGUUCACGGUGGUAUGGACCAUCUCGACGAUGCUUGCGGUACAUGCUCUCUUCAAAUCGAGCGCCUCAUCAGAUAACUCUACCUUCACGUCACUCCGACAUUCUGCGUUACCUUCAGCGUUCAAGACACAUACAAACCUUCACCAAAUCCUCCCCAUGUCACGCUCAUCCUCAUUUCGUCGUAACGGAUCUGAAGACUUCACUCACCUUCGCGAUCCCUUCGCCCCUCCUACCCCUGUCCGAGUCUUCCCCAUGCCUUCCGCUUCCGUCACCCGGCAAUCCCCGCGAACAAUCUCUUUCUCCGCCAUGUUUUCGAGGGAGAGGGAGCCUGUGGCUCCGGAGAACCUCACUGGUCAUGUCCGUCAUAAGGAACGCUCAAAGAAAAAGCGUGCACAUACGGCGAGAUCACCCAAAGGUCGGAAGAGCCAUAGGGCCAAAUCGCAUGCCCCAGGCAUUCCGUUCCCUUCUCUGAAUGACAAGGACAGUCUGAAUGCGGGUGCGAGCACGUCGAAUAGUGUGUCAUCGGGAAACGCAGGUCAGAUGGAAGAGGUUGACAUUGAGCAGGACGAGGAAGUAUACCUUUCGAGGAUGUUGUCUAGGAUUCUGGAGGAUGAGGCGACCAAUGAGAGCGUUCAAUGA